ACUCGUGCGUGAGAGUGGUUCGUUUCUUUAGCCGUUCGUAUUGGUACGUGUUUUUUGAAACUCCUUCCGGCUGUUCUGAUCGUUGUUAUCAGCGGAGAUCUGUGCGUGAUUUUAUAUCGUGACUCACGACGGACUCUUGCCGUUUGGUCGAGCGCGUUAAACAUUUCUGAAAGGCAGCAGAAGGUGCUGGUGAUGGUCCUCGGCUGUACUUCCAUAUCGGUCAGAAGAAUCCGCAGCACAGUCUCGGUGGUGUGUUCGAAGAAGUGCAUUCCGACAAGUGCUUGACGGGUGAAGCGGGAACGCAAGCAAAGCAAAAAGGAAGAAGUCAGUUUCCGAAGAUUAUGCUGUUGCAUUGAUUGUACGCUGGGCUGUAUAUAAGAAAACGAAGAACGAAGUGAUGUUUGUAUGCUAAUACGAUACGAUACGGCUAUGCUAAUUGAAGUGCCCAUUUGAGCGUGUCUUCGCUUGGCCCUGUGUGAAGAAAUGUUUGAGGGGAAUGCGAGCUGGAAAAGUGUUAACACUCCCCGGUAGGUGCAUGUUAUCGAAAGUGAUAUCGAUCACAAUUGAUUGAUUAAUUGUAAUAAUUGAAAGAAGAAUGUUGCACUGUUGUGCAUGGCGGAGUGAUUGAGGAAACGGUUUCGAUUUACAUUUCUCAGUGCAUACGGAACAGUAGUUUGUCUUGUGUGCGGUGAAGCGAUCGAAACUUGAUACCAAAGCUGAUAGGUGCCGGUGAUUUUUGCAAGAGCUGCUAGAGGCUGACGGUUGGAGAACGAGAAGUUGAUAUUUUGUGCGAGUGCUUCCUGUUUCCGAAGUUCCGAGUGGAAGCGUCAUUUUCUGGAGAACUUGUGAACUCUAAACAAUAAUCAGAAAUUGCAGCUCUCUCGCACGCGGCCGUGAAUCGAACAGAAACCCAAUAGGUAACAACAACAACAAGCAUAAGACGCCCGUGGAAAAAUCCAACCGCUGGAAAACUGAACUGGACUUCGUACCUUCGGCCACUCUGUUGGCUACGACUCAAAGCGUAAACGUUGGGUGUUAUUGAGUAACAACAACGUGGAGCAGUGAUUGAGAUACGAAGACGACGACGACGACGACGUGACUCGGUUGCUUCGUUACGGGACACGGCCCAUGGAGAUUUAAAGGAAAACAGUGUAACAGAAAUCAUUAAAUAAAAUAAAUCACACCCGUGUGUGCGGUUUUAGUUGCGGUUACCGCAACCACCAUCGCAAUGGAGCAGGUUCGGAAAAAUUGAAACAGAGGAGAUGGGAAAGGAAAAGUGAAAGAUUAGAUACUGCAACUCUUCUUCGACUACUAGAUGCGCGCUUCCUUCUGGCUCGGUAUCAAACCGUACUCAAAGCGCUCGGAUUCCGCCUACCUAUAGGCUGCUGUGAAUGAGUACGCAAUUUGCUGUGCUACUGCAAGUGAUGGGAAAGAGUUGAUUUAUAGUGAUUUUGCAUUUUUUAUAGAAAUUGUGGUAAGUUGCGAAAAAAGAUAGACCCGUCAAACAGAAGAAGGAAGUUUUAUGCGGUAACGUGAUCUUGUGUAUGUUUUGUAGUAAUUGCACCACUGGCUACUGGGCAAUAAUAAAGUAAUAAUCGGAACCUCAAAAACCAGUGUAGAUAGUACACAGUGAGCUUAAUUAAGAUUUAUUGGAUAUUUGGGGUUGGCUACUGGUGGAGUAACUGAAAAGUGUUCCAGGCAAGUGAAAUAAGCUGAAUUCGGUUGUUGGAAGUGCAAGUAAGUGAAGAAAGGAAGAAAUUACAACAGCCUCAAAGUGUCGUUCAAAGGGGCAAAAAUGCCGCCGGUGAAUCAACCGGAGCCCAAUUCCGGUCCACCGAGCAGAACGCCAUCCAUCAUGGAUAGUCCGACGUUGGCUCGUGUCGAAAGAGCUCGACUUCGGCAGGAAGCGGCCGGGCCGAAUGGGAGCAGCCAGCAGGUGGAUAGCCUGGAACGGGUGCUACUGGAUCCAAAGAAAUCUUUACUGAUUGGGCGCAUUCCAGUGGCUCAGAUGACCGGACCGAUCAAACGAGGUUUGCUUUGGCAGCAACGAGACAGACUUUUCUCCAGAUGGAAAGAAAGAUAUUUCAUUCUGACACGCGACUAUCUCAACUGCUUCAAGCGAGCCUCCGGAUCGGCAUCGGAGAAAAUUUCCGAUAUGGGUCAGUUCAUCUUUAAGAUCAAAUUGGUGGACGUCGAGAAGGUCGAAUGGUUAAACCGACGAUCAUACAGCGCAAUUGGCUUGCUUCUCGGUUCGCGAGAAGGUCGCGUGUUAUUGCGCUGCGAUCAAGGCCUGGAAGAUUGGUUCGAGCUGCUGGAGGAAUGCACCCUGAGCAGCAAGGAACGUCGUCGUGCCCUUCGGUUGACACAAGGACCCCGAUCGCGUGCCUCUUUGGCUGCACCGGUUUCGCAUGCCUCACUGCAAAGCAACCAUCUUGGCCUCGGAGGAACCUACUCGGGAGCUAUCGAGGAUUGGCUGAUGUCCCGUCACCAUAAAACCUCGAACAAUCUGAACCACUUGCACUUCCUGCACUCGGAUUCGGUACCGGACCUGAGCGCAAUUAAUGAAAACGGUCUGGCAAAUGGAAUGCUGACGAACCAUUCCACUCCGAAGAAGGUUCCAAAUGCAAGACAUAACCAUUUGGGUAACGCUAGUAACGGAUACAGCAGUCACAGCGGAAGCAUCUACAAUGGAUUUCCGUACUCGCCACUCAAGAAGCUGUCCGAUAAUUUCAUCAACGGAAACAGUACCUACAUCAUUAACGACGAGGAUGAAGAGGUUGAACUGCGUCGCGGCGGGCGCUACAGGGAUAAUGAUGACCUGUACCGACGCCCGCUGGGACCGACUGGAAACGAUACCAAGAGACAUUCGCUGCUUACUGAAGUGGAUUAUUCCGCUUGUGAUAGUGGCCUCGAUACGCCACCCUCCACCCACCGUCCAUCUAGCUGCCGGGACAAUAUGUACCUCGUGGCGGCUUACAAUCAACACAACCAAAGCUUGAAUAAGGACAAAACUACGGACACUGGAAUCAGCUCCUCGCGAGGCACUCUAGUCUCACCAGCGAACAGCAUUCGUCAUGGUUACCUAAAUAAUAACAACAACACAAAUAGUUACGGAUCAAGAUACAGCGUGCAGGAGCAGAAGAUUCUACGUGCUCGUAACAAUCCAGAGGAGAACAAGAACUCAAUCCGUUCUAUCCGCGCUGAAUUGUUUGAACAAAGCAAACACAAUAACAAUAACAAUAAUCACAUCACCAAUGGACACCACGCUCACCUACAGCAGGGAAGUAUUGGCAGCAACGGGAACAUCCAUCAACUGCACCAUCAAUUGCUACUUCAACAACAACAACAACACCAGCAGCAACAACAACAUCACAUAAACGGGCUAAACAAUAACAACAACAACAGCGGACAUCACUACAACGGAAACAGUAUUAGUAGCAUCAAUGGCAAUGGUACGGCUGCAUCACGUGAGCGUUACCAGCAUCCGGCAUUGGCUGCCAUCAUCAGCGAGUCUCAGGGAAUGAAGUUUAGAGAUCGUUCCUAUUCCGACUGCCAGCAGCAAGUACCACGCCGGCAAUGGAUCACCAACACGCCUAGCCCAAAGCGCAUCCCCUACCUGGGAACGCCACCGACUCGUGUCUGAGCAGUCUGAGGUUCGAAUCAUGGUGACCGUAGAAGUAUAAAAGUUUACUGCUGAUUUUUGUUCUUACCAAAACAUAAAAAACACCGAAUUUCAACUAGUAGGACAAAUAGAUUCUAACGACACAUACGACGAACUGUGUAUUCUCUUUAAUGUAUAACAUUUUGUAGCAUGACUAGUGUGAAAUUAAGAGUUAAGCUAUAUAGUUCCAGUAGCUUCGAUAAGGCCAUCAGUUUGAGCCUAAAUUAUUUCGUAACUCGUAGCCUUGAUAGUCGUAUCGUAUUUUAGCUGUGGAUUGCUUUGUACAACUCUAGACCGAUUGAACAAUAAAAUUGUAGCCAUUUAGCGCACUAUUGGACGAAUGAACAUCUUGCUGCCAGUAGAAACAUAGCAAUACACAUAUCAACGAGUCACCCAAAAUAAUAAAUUUUAUGAGUCACAGAUUUUCUCAAUAAUCUCAAAUCGAAACUGUAUACCGCAAUAGGAAGAAUCAUCUAUAAAUUGCAGGUGUUCCAAAAAUGAUUUUUCGUUUAAACUAGCUUACUUUCAUGGUGACGUUACACGAACAUUUAAAAAAAUACUAAGUAGGUUUCAACUCAAAAUUAACUCGAAAUUUACAAAUCUCCGUAAUUUAAAAAAAUUGAUGAAUUUCAGAUUGUUUACAAAAUCUUCGUUACGUUUAGAUUGAUUUAAUUAAAUGCCUAAAUUGUGUAUAUAAAUAAAAUAUGGAUAAUAAAUUACUGAAAUCGGUGAAUAAACAUUCAAGCAGACGGGACGGCAACUGGUGGCGAACGCAAAUGCAGCGCAAUGACAUCUCUGCUUAAAAUUAGAUUUACCGGAUUGCGAGAAAUUGAUUAUUUUCCCUAACCGCUGUAGAACAAAUUGUAUUAGAAAAUAAAAUGA